CUAGCAUAAUCAAGCUUCAUGUUUGUUUUGGGCUUCGUCCUUCAAAGCCCAAAUUGGCACAAUCCAAUAGGCUGAACUCUUGGAGAACUUGGGUACUCAAAUCGCCGACGACUCGACGCUAUAGGUCGGCGGGAGGCUGACCGACUCCAAUCCAGUUUCUUCUCCGUCUUCCAAAGAACCUCCAGCAGGUCACCUUUCUCGACAUCAGUCAGAAAGGCUUAGCUACAGUGUUCCACAGUCGGAUAGCGAUUCACUGGAGUGGAGUAUCAUCCAAGUUUCUGAACCCUAAUUCAAUUGCAACUCCUCCCAAUCGGAAAAGAAAAUGGGGAAGAAACAGCACAGCAAAGAUCGGAUGUUCAUAACGAGAACGGAAUGGGCAACGGAAUGGGGUGGUGCUAAGUCCAAAGAGCUCCGGACGCCUUUCAAGCGUCUUCCCUUCUAUUGCUGCGCUCUCACGUUUACGCCAUUUGAGUCUCCUGUGUGCACAACUGAUGGCAGCAUCUUCGAAAUCAUGCAUAUCAUUCCUUACAUAAAGAAGUUUGGUAAGCACCCAGUUACUGGAGCUCCGUUGAAGCAAGGGGACCUUAUCCCACUCAACUUCCAUAAGAACUCUGAAGAAGAGUUCCAUUGCCCAGUGCUCAACAAAGUUUUUACGGAGUUCACACAUAUAGUAGCCAUCAAGACUACUGGAAAUGUUUUUUGCUAUGAGGCAGUGAAAGAAUUAAAUAUCAAGACGAAAAACUGGAAGGAGCUCCUUACUGACGAACCAUUCACUAGAGAGGAUCUGAUUACACUCCAGAAUCCUAAUGCUCUCGACUCUAGAGUUACUGUUGAGUUUGACCACAUAAAGAAUGACCUGAAAUUAGAUGAUGAAGAGCUGAAGAAGAUGACUUCAGAUCCAGCUUAUAACAUAAACGUUAGUGGUGACAUCAAGCAAAUGCUGGAUGAACUUGGAACUGAGAAAGGAAGAGAAGCUGCACUCCAUGGAGGUGGUGGUAGCAAGGCACGAAAUGAGAGAGCUGCUGCGCUUGCUGCAAUUUUAGCUGCGAGAUCACGGAUUAAAGAAGAUUCAAAAUCGAAAUCCAAAGAUGAAGAUAGACCAUCCAAGGGAUUCAGUGUUGUUGAUGCUGCAUCAGCUGCAGUUCACGGGAGAAGUGCUGCAGCAGCAAAAGCCUCAUCAACAGAUAAGACAGCUGCCCGCAUAGCAAUGCAUAUGGCUGGUGAGAGGGCACCUGUCAAUGCGAAGCUGGUGAAGAGUCGCUACACCACUGGUGCUGCCUCUCGAUCUUUCACUUCUACUGCUUUCACCCCCGUGACUGAAAAUGAGUAUGAAUAUGUUAAGGUCGAGAGAAACCCAAAAAAGAAAGGUUAUGUGAAGUUGCAUACGACGCAUGGUGAUCUGAACAUUGAGCUGCAUUGUGACAUCACCCCGAGGGCCUGUGAGAACUUCUUAACACUUUGUGAAAAGAACUAUUAUAAUGGAGUUAUAUUUCACAGGAACAUACGGAAUUUCAUGAUUCAGGGUGGUGAUCCCACGGGAACCGGGAAAGGGGGUGAAUCUAUAUGGGGCCAACCUUUCAAUGAUGAGCUGAACUCCAAGUUGGUUCAUUCCGGAAGAGGCGUCGUUAGUAUGGCGAACAGUGGUCCCCAUACGAAUGGAUCUCAGUUUUUCAUCCUGUACAAGUCUGCUAAUCAUUUGAACUUUAAGCAUACAGUUUUCGGGACGGUUGUUGGUGGGUUGACUACGUUGGCGACAAUGGAGAAGGUUCCUGUUGAUGACGAUGACCGACCUCUGGAAGAGAUAAAGAUAACUGGUGUGACGGUGUUUGUGAAUCCGUACACUGAACCUGAUGAAGAAGAAGAGGAAAAGGCGAAAGCCGAGGAAGCUGCCCUGGACGCUGAUAAGGACAAGGUUGGCUCGUGGUAUAGCAAUCCAGGCACAGGCGCGACAGAUUCUGAAGCCGGUAGCGGUGGCGUCGGAAAGUACUUGAAACCGAGGAGUGCCGGAACAGAAUCAGCUGCUGCUUCCGCUGAUCUCGCCACAGUUUCAGUUGGCAAAAAGAGGAAAGUUGGAGGUCCAGCAGUAGAAUUCAAAGACUUCUCUGGCUGGUAACAAAUUUUCUCUUGUAGUGUUGUAACCCCAUGCUGCUGUAUUAUCUGGUUGAUUUGAGAUUCACAGUGUUAGGUUCGCUACUGUACCGGACUUUGUAUCGAAACGUGUAUGUUGGAUUUUGUUGAUCCUUUACAUGCUUCAGUGAGUUUGGACGAGCUUAAUGGUAGAGAAAGGUAGAAGUGUAGAGAUAUGUGAUGUAACUAGCCACGGGCCCGGCCAGUUAGUCGGAUACAUUUCUUCAAUAACAUAAACUACCUUAGCAAUUAGUAAGCGAAUUAUAUAUUUAUUUAACAGUAUAUGAAAAUAUAAAUUAUUCAAUUAUCUAAACAUUCAAUCAGCAAAGAGAAUCCAAAUUAUUAAAUACUUGAAUCAUUUAAUAGGAUCAACAUAAGUGUUUUCCAAUAUUCUAAACGAAUUAUAGACUUAUAAAGUUAUAAUUCUUUAAGAAAAUGAAAGAUCAACCUUAUGCAAAGGAACCGGCUACUAAUAAGAUGUUUGACUCAGCCUUUUAUUUACUCCUCGUUUUCAGAGAUGAUUGCACGUUCAUUUUAUGGACUUUGAUGAGGAAUUUCAUCUCCACCAAUAACAAUGUAUUCAUAUCCCUUUGUGAAAAAUUUAUCUCCGUUAUUAAUUGUAUUUUCUUUAUUCUCUUGCAUUUCAAUAGUAUCUUGUUUUCGUGCAUUUCAUUUACCACAUUUAUUUUGGCUACAAUAAUUUAUUUUAUUGGAGUAUAAUUCACCUAGUCCAAAUAAUCAACAUCAUCCACGAUGUGUUUUGCUCCCCAUCACAUGUACUUGUAUCUAGGGGUGGAAGUUUGGUUUGUGGGUUGCGGGUAACCCGCAAACCGCACACUUUGUGGAUACCCAUACCCACAAUUUGUGGAUAGCGGGUUGGGAGUGGGCAACAAAAUAUUGAUUUUUGUGAUUAGUGGUUAACCACUACCCAUAGCGGUUUACCCACAAAAUCCACAUUAACCACAUUAGUUAUAUUGAUUUCAAAAUACUUUGUAACCCUUAUUAACCACACUAGUGUUGUAUCCGGCCUGUUGGCCGAUUUGUGGCCAUUGAGUAUUUUUUAGUUAAACGUAAUUAGUACGAUUUUUAGUAUUGUAUACUGGUGGUGCGAAAAAGUACAUUGAUAGUUUAUAUUUUUUACUUUUGAGUGUCCAUUAACUUUAAAAUUCUUAUUGAAUUUGUGUUUCGUUUUAUACUUAACCAUAAGAAGUUUAAAAUAGCCAACUAAUGAAAUGAAAAGCUAUCUAGAAUCUAUAUUCAUGCCUUGAGAUAUUAAACAUCACUGAAUCAAAACAACAAAUUUCAAAAAAGAUCUUUAUUUUCGUUAUAUGUGAAAUAAGUAGCUUGCAAAUGAAUCUUUCAAAAUUAAUUAACAUAUCACUAUUUUGAUUUAUAUAUUGUAGAUUUUCAUCUAUUGAAUUAAAAAGGAAAUAAUAUAUAGAAUAUUACUAUAGAUGUAUUACAUUUAAAUAGUUUAAAGAUACAAAAAUCUGAGGAAAAGAGAAAAAAAAUGUGCUAUGAAAAUAGAUUAUUUAGAAAAUUAUGUGGAGCAAGUACGAUACAAAAUAUUAAUUUAGAUGUAUUAAAUUUUUAUUUUUAAAAGAAAUGAUAAAUAUUAGCAAAAGAAUAUUUUGACUUGAAAUGGCCUUUGUAGGUUAUUCAUCAUUUGAACUUUAGUUAUCAAAAUUCAAAGUUAACGUUUAACAAUAUGCUCAUAUUUUUAAAUGUUUUAUUAACUAUAUCCUAUGUUUUCAAAAGUGAAGCGUUUGCCAGAUGAAAAAUGUCAAUGACUCACGAUUAAUGGUUUAUCGUUAUACAACUAUUUUGUAAUCGUUAAUGGAACUAUUCAUUCAUGUAAAUAGUAUAUCUAUAAAUAAUAGCAUAAUUAGGUGGAAGAAGUAUUUAAGUUGUUCCGUUGGACCAUAUUUUACGUUUAAUAAUUUUCUAAUAAAACCUUAUCUUGUAUUGACAGGUUUGUUAUGGUCUAUGAUCCCAAUAAAUUAUAUGAUAGAACGAAACUAAAAAUAAAUGAAAUUAAAGAUGAAAGUCAAAAUAACUUUUGAUAUGGUUGCGAUUCAUUCAUUUUUCUUCGACUUUAAGCAAUUAAAUAGAUUAAAUAAAAUUCAAGUAAUUUUUGGUUGAUCUAAUUCGACACAAAUAUCUAGUCGAUAUGAUAUGUAUGGAAUUAUUGUUUAACCUACGACUAAGCAUGUGAUCGUACCUUUCAAAAUUUAAUGUAAAAAACUAAAUAUGCUUAUUGGAAAAUUUAAAGAAUUGAAAAAAAUAUAAAUUGAUUAUAUUUUGCCAAGAUUUCCCAUUUUUCUUCCUCUUCAUGUUUGCCGAAAUCACUGUGAAAUUAAGUUCUAAAGCAUUUGAGAGUUGAUACUUGGUCAAUCUGUUUAAAGUAAAAGCCUAAUGCGAAAUAAUCUAUUCAGAAGGAAUCUCUUCCCAAACGUACACAAUCAUUAUCUCAUUUAGGAGCUAAACAACUUUAGAUAACCUCUGAAUUCAAUUAUUUUUUGUUUGAUCUAAUUUGACGCAAAUAUCUACUCGAUACGAUAUGGAUGGAAAUAUUGUUUAACCUACGACUAAGCAUGUGAUCGUACCUUUCAAAUUAAAUGUAAAAAAAUAGACAUGCUUAUUUGAAAAUUAAAAUAAUUAAAAACAAUAGAAAUUGAUUGUAUUUGCCAAGAUUUUCCGUUUUUCUUCCUCUUCAUGUUUGCCGAAGUCACUGUGAAAUUAAGAUUUUAAACCUUUAGAGGGUUGAUACUUGGUUUAUCUGUUUAACAUAAAAACUAAUGCGAAAAAAUCUAUUCAGAAUGAACCUCUUCCCAAACAUCCACGCCACAACAAUAUAUCAUCUUCGUCAUCUUGAAAUCCAAUUCGCAGUCAUUAUCUCAUUCAGGAGGUAAACAACUUUAAAUAACCUCUGUUUUUUCCUUAACCACACAAAAUAAAUCUACGCAGAGCAAAUUUCAAAUAUUAUUAUAAUAGCAUUUACCUUAAAAUAAAUAUUCUUUUCCCUUAAUCCUAAUCUCAUUUACAAAAAAGAAAACCAAAAGUCCAAUAAUAAUGAGUGACCCUUGGGUUUUGGAAAAUGGGCAAAAUUGCCCUUCCACCAAAUAAAGAGAACGAAUCAAAGUGCAAGGUGGCAACAAUGAGUUAGAGUGAAGUGCAUAAUAUAUUGUGUAGAUGUAGAUUAGUUAUAUUAGUUUGUGAAACUUGGAAGACUAAGAAUUAAAGUAGCUACCAAAAUCAAAUACACACUUAUUCUAUAAAACAAAACCAAGUCAAUACACAAUGUUCAUGUGAGAUACUUUUUUUCAAUAAGCAUUAUCCGUGUGGUAUAUAUUUAUUUUAUAACAAAAUAAAGUCCGUAGAUAGUCAGAUAAAUUAAUCGAUUCGUUAACAUAGGGGAAUAAUCUAUAAAGAUUAGUCUGAUACCAAACUCAUCUCCAUUUCUCCAUGAACUCACGAACAACACAACAUGCAACCAGCUACUAACAAUACAAUACUAUAAUUGAGAGUGGAGAAAACCGAUUCAUUAAAAGCGGGUGUCUCCACUUAUUGAGCCACUUUUGUGUUUUGAUUUUGUUGCCAUUGGAGGAGCUGUGAGAUGCAACGAUGUUUGUCUAGUAAUUAACUUAUUGUAUUCGAGAUUUAUAAUUUAUUUAACACAUUAUUAACUUUAUUUUAUGUAUGUUUUUGUUUGAGAAGAAACACAAUAUCACUAUUUAUUUACCAUAUUAUUAUAUUUAAUGUGAAAUUUUUGUGGGUAUCCACAACCAACCCGCAACGGGUAGUGGUUAACCACUACCCACUGUGGGAUGGGUUAUGGGUAGCAUAAUUCUAUAUUUGUGGGUGUGGUUACACGCAAAAUGUGAGGCGGGUAACCACUCACACCCACCCCAAUUUCCACCCCUAUUAUCUCCCUUAUGAACACUGUCUUCCUUUUUUUCUCAGCAGCAACAUCAUCUCUAGCAUUGGAUUCAUUACAUCCAACAUUAUUAAUUUAGAUUGUUGACAUUUAAAAGUACAACAUAUGGUGAUAUUUUAUCAAAUCAUAAGUGAUUAAUAUAUAUAUUGGAGUAAAAAUUGUAGUUGGAUACAUUUGCACGCAUGUUAGAGGGAGAUUUAGUAAUGUUAUGUUGGAGUUUGAAGUUCUAAACAACAUCAUUUGUAUACAGAUUAAAGAAUACAACUAAGUAUCAUUCGAAAAACAUGGUUAUAAUAAUUGAUAGCUUUACAAAUUGAAGAUGUAUACAGUUGAUAGCAAGAUAGUUAGUGGAUGAUAGACACAAUCAAUUGCAAUACAAAAUGAAAUAUUCC